AUGGCGCCUGUGAUUUCGUAUGUGCGCGGUGACGUUCCGACUCCAGAGUAUUUGCCAUAUGAGGACUCGGGGCCGGAAACACCGUCGCCACGGCCCGACCCGAUUCCGUUGGAGUAUCGGAAGAGUUUGAGGUGAGAUUGACAGUUGAUUUUUGGGCAUUUUGAUAAACGUGUGAUAGUGACAGUUGUAAAAUACGAUUUUAAGGGCCUUUUUGAGUUUUUAAUAGUACGUUUAGUAAAGCUAUGUAAAUUACAAAGGUUGAAAAUAGGUAACAAAAUUUUUCACAAAAAUUUUCGAAUUCUUUCUUAAAAAUCAAAAGCUAAAAUUUUAGAUAACAUAAUUUUAGAGAAAGUGGCUUCAGCUCAUCGUCAGGGACUUCAGAAUCUCCACCAUCGAAAGAAAUUCCAGUCAAAGCCGAGAAUUUUUCAAAAUUACUCAAAUUAUUCCAGGUAAGUCAAGUUCUCAUAUUGUAGUAGACACAAAACUUAAUUUUUUGGUUAUGACAAAGGAUAUUUUAUAAAAUUUUUUAAAUAUUUAAUAAGUAAACCUAAAAUCAACUUUUCAAGCCUAAAAUAACCUUUGCAACCUUAAAAUUACCUUUUAACCUAUUAAAUUCGACUUUUUCACCAAAAAAUCAAUUUUCAAAAUUCAAACCCAGAAUUUGGCGCCAAUUCCUGGCAUAAUGUUUCAUUUUGUUUGUAUGUGAAACGAGGUUUGUAAAUAUCCUCACCCACCACUUUGGAGUGUGUGACAAUCGUUUUUUGAUUCGAAGUGCACGAAAUGAAUUGAAAGCCUACUUGAUUCACGUGGAGAACGUGGAGUGCUUAAAGCACAAACACUUAUCACUAGAAACCGCUUUUCCAAUUGUUAUCUUUUUCGUUUACUGUAGUUUUUGGGACUGUUUAACAGGGUUUUACUUGUUAUAUUACAAUUUUGAUGCAGGGGUAGUUAUUUAUAAUAAAAAAUGGGUUCAUAACUGGGCGCGUCCGGGAAACAGAAAAAGGACUGGGGGUAGAUCAGAGGCCACUAGGCUCAGUCCCGUGUUAGGGGAGGAAGAAGCUUGGCAGGCCGAAGCAAUUUUGAAAGCGCAAGGCCGGGCCUGAAUUAUGGCUUGGCUUUUUUACAAGCCUAGCCAGGCCUGAACAUACUCUUACACUUACCAGACCAAGUGCUACAAUAGUGCCACUUUACAUUACAAUUUUGAUGUUUUCAGAAGGAUAACCACCAAUCAGAUGACAGAAGAAUGGAACAAUCAGAAACCUUCUCUUCUGAUGACAAUGACUGUUGUUUUACCAUUACUGAAGUAGGUAGCUUUGAAAAUGUUGUGUCGAAGUUAAACCAAGCCUCUGACGGGCAAGCCAUUUUUGUUUGGGGAGGAUAUUUUUUUCAGUGUUACAGUUUUAACUAUUUUUUAGAAAAAGCUAGAACACAAGCAGUACAAAGCCUUCAAAACACCGGCCAAAACACCUUCACUUCUGUCAUUGAAUAUACGAGGUAAGCAUUUUAGUAAAUCUGUUUAAUGUGGAAGAGUAUUGUAAAUAUAAUAAUAUAUUUAAUAAGUUUGUCGAUAUAUAUUUUGAAAAAAUAUAUUAUAAUUUAGAAUAUGCCAAUUCCCAACAAAGUCCGGCGUUCCAUUCGCCACGGUCGGUCAGAACAGCCAUCUCUCCCACAAAUUCUAUCAAGUCAACCGCUUCUGACAUGGUUUUUCAUCAGGUAAAGUAUUUUUAAACUAGACUACAGUGAAACCUAUUUAGUAUAACUCUUAAUAGUAUGACAGUCUCAGUAUAAUGACACUUUUUGACUGCUAUUUAUAAUAGCUCUUCUAUCAAAAAAUACCUGGGUAUUGUGACACUCUGGUUAUAAGGGUAGGUUUAGACUUGUCUUUUGAGUGUCAUACUAAAGAGGUUUGACAGUAUAAAUUAGAAAAGUUUUUUAUACUAUUUUUGGCUUUAUGAGUCUACUCUGUAAAGAGUUAUAGCUAAAAUAGGGGCUUGAGGGCUAAUUUUUGUCAAAAAAAGGAUAUUGGCCUACACCUGAAAAAGGGCUCACUAGCUUUGAUUCGACUUUGGCCUGGGCCUUUUUGACCCAAACCAAAGCAGAUUUGAAAACGGACGGGCCAGGCUGAGCCGAGCGGGCACAUAAGGGCUCCAGGGUCUGGGCCAAAAGCAAGGUCAAAAAAUUGGGACCUGUCCACUUUACAGGUCUACACUGAACAGGGUUUUGAUAAAAUUUUAAAUUUAACUUGAUAAAAUAUGGGUAUCUUAUAAAGCAUAUCAAUUGAGCAAUCCUAUUUUACAAACCUCUCUUUCAGAUGGCAGUGUCACAUUCAUCAACCUUAGCGUUUGUCUCCAAAAACUACAGUAAAAUCCUUCGAGAACAUUCUUUUUCGAAUCAAAUUGGCGUCGAGAUUUAUGAUCGGUAAGAUAAUCACAAUACUAUUGAAAAACAUACAGUUUACUACAGUAUACUUUAUAUAUAAUAUUACUGUUGAAAAUACUGUAGGCUGCAAUAUAUUAUAAUAGCACUAUUGAAGAUACCGUAGAGUACAGUAUACUUUACUGUAUUACAUACUAUUGAAAAUACAGUAUACUACAGUAUGCUUUACAUUGUAAAGUUUACAAUAUUAAUGUUGAACUUAAAAUCAAACAUAUAAUUCAGUAUUGUUUUAGAGGUUCAUUAUCGAAUAUUGUGUUCAAAUCGACCACUCCAACGAUGGUCAAAGAGAAAAAUGUGUUGUUUGAUGCUACUUACGUAUCGACGGCUUAUCAUGAGUAUCCUGUUACUGUAAUGGUAAGAGCUUUUUAUCGCAGCAUCUUUUUUAAAACUUUUUUUACAUUCAAAGUACGUGCUAUGGGCGUGUUUUACCUUUUUUUUAAAGUUUUUAUUAGUGCAGUAGGUUACUGUAAGUUCACUGUACUGUAAUAUUAUAAACUACUUUUUUACAACAUCACCCUUUGUGUUAAAAAACAUACAUAUACCAUAACAUAAACAGCCUCUACCCUUCCAGAUAAGCCCAGCAGACACAUAUGCUCCAUUGUUAGGCCGUCACGCUGACAAGUUGUUUGGACCGCCAUGUUUAGUUGAAUUUGAAGAAAUUACUGUAGAAUUGGCACAACUAUUAGAUGAAGGCGGGCAGGAUUUGAAAUUACAGAGCACAUUGAAGGUUACUGUAAUGCCACAAAUGCACGUUUGCUCAUUUCCGGCUUUGGCCGCUCAUAAUCAACAUAAGGUAAGAUAAGUUUAAAGUUGGAUAGGAUAGUGUGAAAAUGGGGUAAGGUAAUGUAGGGCAGGCUAUGGUAAGGAAGGGUAGCGUAGAGUAGGGUAACGUAGGGUAAGAUACGGUGGGGUAGGGUAAAGUGGGGCAGGGUAGAGUAAGAUAAAGCAAGUUAGGGCAGGGUAGGAUAUAAUAUGUCAGGGAAAAGUAGAGAAUACUAGAAAAAACAUUUCAUAACUCAUUUUCAGUGUAUAAACCCAUCAAAACGUGAAGAACAGACCGUCUUCAUCAUGAUUCAACUUCUGAAUGCUCUAAAAUGCCUCCAGGCGGAUGGAAUCGAACUCCUCUCCAACAACUUCAAAGAAUUCCUCUUAUCAUAUGAAAACCCCAAAAGCAAGCCCUUUAGCCAAUCCCUAGACCAAUUACCACGCCUUUUACUUCUUCGCUCCACGGUGGAAGAAGAAUCCGUAGACGAUAACACGGCUUCUGAACCCAAAGUUUCUUUGUGUAAAUAUGCCCUCCGGGCGUUAUUCACCUUAUUAGGGCUGAAGAUUCAAUCUAGGAUAGCCGAGAUCACAGAGAAAAGUAAAUGGUCGAAUGGCCUGAGGAAAUGUUCACAGAUUCUGAAUAUGGAGAGAAGCUCAUCGUUGACUGAUGCUCAACAAACUCUAGAGUUCUGCUUCUUUGCUCAAGAUCAGGGCUUUGAUAAUGAUAUGCAGGCAAAGUUGUGGUUGGAUGAGCAGAGGGCCAAAUAUGUUAAUCAGGUGGUAAGUGAGAUAAUAUUGAGAUCAAUGUGAGAAUCAAUAAAGUCUUGUCGUUUUUUAAUUUGAAAAAGAAUGUAAAUUGACGCCAAGACUUUUUCACUCAAAAAAAAUCAAUUUCAGCCGAUAUUAAGAGACACAAAUGACAGUUUUUAUUCAGUUCUGCCUAUUUUGAGAGUUAAAAUAUCAAGUUUUAGGUCCGAUGGCUGGUGGAGAAAGAACGAAGAAUGAUAGACCCCAAAGAGAAACAAUACCUCGUCUUUUUACUAGGCUCUACUCCUCGACAACUUUCUCGAAUCGCUCACAAUUUUAGAAGGACCCAUUCAUAA